AUUUCAUAGUAUUACAAAUCAACCAAGAAUGCAACUGAAAGUUUAGUGAACAGAUAACAUGGUUUUCUUUAUGUAAAAUGCUAGUGUUGGAAAAAAAUUAAAAUUAUUUUAACAAUUGUAGUGAUAAGCCUCUAUUUAUGAAAGUUUAUUACUGAAACGAGGAAACAUGAAUAAUAUGAGAAAGAAAAGACAACCCUUUUUGAUUUUUCAAGCAUACGUACCGAUUACGACAAUUUUUGGACUUGUUAACAACAAAAACACUCAAUAAUUUUAAUGAAUGAUGACAAUGAUUUAAAAUUUAAUAAAAUGACGAACCAAAGAAUGAAGACAGAAAUGAGAUCAUGUGCAGCAUGUGGAGAACCUAUAGCCGAUAGAUACUUCCUAGAAGUUGGUGGAAGUGCUUGGCAUGGAUCAUGCUUGAGAUGCUGCAUUUGUCUAUCACCUUUAGAUCGUCAACAAUCGUGUUUUUUUCGAGAAAGGCAGGUUUACUGCAAGACUGAUUAUACAAAGAAUUUCGGUGCAAAAUGCUCAAAAUGUUGUCGAGGUAUUGCGGCCUCAGACUGGGUUCGAAGAGCUCGUGAAUUAGUCUUUCAUCUCGCUUGCUUUGCGUGCGAUCAAUGUGGUCGACAAUUAUCAACAGGUGAACAAUUUGCUUUGUUGGACGAUAGAGUUUUAUGCAAAUCACAUUAUAUGGAGAGCGUUGAUUGUGGAGCAACAUCAAGUGAUGAUGGUGGAGAAGGUGAUUGUUAUCACAAAAACAAAGCUAAAAGAGUAAGAACUACAUUUACGGAGGAGCAGUUACAAGUUCUUCAAGCAAAUUUUCAAAUUGAUAGCAAUCCAGACGGACAAGAUCUUGAAAGAAUUGCAAACAUGACGGGUCUUAGUAAACGUGUCACUCAGGUCUGGUUUCAAAAUUCACGAGCACGACAAAAAAAACACAUCCAUACUGUUCCACGUGAAAACGAUCAAUUCGGGAGGAAUAUCAAUUUACAAUUAACCUAUUCUUUUCAACAAAGUAGUUCGCAACCUCAUUCAAUGCAGCCAUUCAGCGGUGGAUUAUUGAACAAUAAUAGUUGUAUAUUAAAAAAGAAUAUUUCUUUAAAAACGGGGUUAUGUCAAGAAUCAUCAAUUAGUGAGAAUUCAGAAGAUUCAACCACACAAUAAAUCCAAACCUAAUUACAACAUCCAAUUAUCUAACUUACAAGCAUCUCCCAUACUGAAUUUACAUGCAGUAUUUAUCACCCACCUAUAUGAAUGUACAAUAUGUAUGUACCCUGUUUUUUCGUUAUAAGCUAGUAGCUUAGAAGAAUAAAAAAGUGAUUUUUUUGGCUUACUAGUAGCUCACUAGUAGUAGUUUAGUAAAAAA